CCAGGCGCCGCCUCCUCCUCCUCCUUCGCCGCCGCCACCUCCACGGCCGCCGGUCCUUGGGCUCCAGAGCCAAGGCCCAGAGAUGUUUAGUAACUUGCCUAAUGUCACACAGGUAGAACCAGAAUUUAAACCUAUGUCCUCUGAAUGUAAAUUGGGUGGUUUCUUUCCGACUGUAGCAGGCUUGCUCCCACAGUAACCCAGUAAGGUUUUAGACUCUUAAGAACAUCACCCGCAGCUUCUGAACUUCUGAGAUUAAAUUGGCUUUCUUCCCUGGUUACAAUGCUAAGGCUGCUUGUGUUUGGGGUGCUGCUCUAUGACGUUCUGGGGAGCAACCAAGAUGAAGCAUCUCACCUGAAAGACCUUCCAGGGGCAUUGUCAUCCGCCAACUGGAACCUUCACUUGCCCGAAGAGCACAUUCCUUACUUUCUCCACAACAAUAGACAUCUUGCUGCAGUCUGUGACAAAGACCCACAAUGCCCAUAUAAAAAACAUUUAAAGCAUCUUGAAUCCUGCUGGGGCUAUGAGAAAUCAUGCCGGCCAGAGGCUCGGUUUGGCUAUCCCAUUUGUAGUUAUGUGGACAUGGGAUGGACUAAUACCAUUGAAUCAGCUCAGGAGAUAUUCUGGAAACAAGCGGAUUUUGGUUACGCAAAGGAACGCCUGCAUGAAUUACGGACCCUCUGCCAACCUAUGGAAAUAGGCGAUUCUUGGCUAGUUUGCUCACGCUACCUUCAGUACUGCAGAGCAUCAAACUUAUACAUUGAUCUAAGAGGAGUGAAGAGAAAUCAUGACAGAUUUAAGGAAAAUUUCCUACAGAAAGGUGACAUAGGAGGUCAUUGUAAACUUGAUGGUGGCACAUUGAUAUCUGAAGGUCAGCGUAAAAGCCCUCUACAGUCUUGGUUUGCCGAACUACAAACAUACACAGAGCUAAGCUUCAAACCCAUCGAAGAUGGCAAAUGUGACGUCGUCAUCGAAAAGCCAACCUAUUUCAUGAAGUUAGAUGCAGGUGUUAACAUGUAUCACCACUUCUGUGAUUUUAUCAAUCUCUACAUUACUCAGCACGUUAACAAUUCCUUCAGUACAGAUGUCAACAUCAUCAUGUGGGAUACUAGCUCCUAUGGAUAUGGUGACCUGUUCAGUGAGACUUGGAAGGCAUUCACCGACCAUGAUGUCAUCCAUUUGAAAGUAUAUGAUUCAAAAACGGUGUGUUUCAAGGAAGCUGUCUUUUCUUUACUUCCCCGAAUGAGAUACGGAUUGUUUUAUAACACGCCGCUAAUCUCUGGCUGCCAAAAUACGGGAUUAUUUCGAGCAUUUUCCCAACAUGUGUUGCACAGACUGAACAUCACACGGGAUGGAUCACAGGAUGGAAAAAUCCGCAUCACCAUCCUUGCCCGCAGUACAGAAUAUCGGAAGAUAUUAAACCAGAAUGAGCUUGUAAAUGCGUUGAAAACUGUGUCUGCAUUUGAGGUCCAAAUAGUAGAUUACAAAUACAAGGAGAUUGGGUUUUUGGAACAAUUGAGGAUUACGCACAACACAGACAUAUUUAUCGGCAUGCACGGAGCUGGCCUGACGCACUUGCUUUUUCUCCCAGACUGGGCUGUGAUUUUUGAACUGUAUAACUGUGAGGAUGAACACUGUUAUUUAGACCUAGCCAGGCUGAGAGGGAUUCACUAUGUCACCUGGAAGAAAAAGAGCAAAGUCUUCCCUCAAGAUAAGGGUCACCAUCCAACUCUAGGAGAGCACCCCAAAUUUACAAACUACUCUUUCGACGUAGAAGAAUUUAUGUCUAUUGUCCUCCAGGCUGCAGAUCAUGUAUCUCAACACCCAAAGUGGCCAUUUAAGAAAAAACGUGAUGAGCUGUGAAAAAGAAAUGUUAAUUUCUGUUUUUUCCCAUCAAUUUCACUGCGGUGGAAUGGAAACCAACAGGAUCUAAACCAGAGCCCUCCAGCUCACAAUUUUUUUUAAACCAAAAAAGUGCCAUGUUUUAUACCAAAAUGCACAUUUAGAAUGUUGAAGUAUUUGGACUAUGGUCUUUCUUGACCGUUCUGAUUUCUAUUUUGUUGCUAUUUAUCAAGACCAUUUAAGACUUUCGCACUGAUCAUUUUAAUUCUUCCAUUUUGUAAAUGUUUUCAGGUUCAUAAGAAUGGUCAGUUUUUUUCGCGAGUGAUAACGAAAGUUUCAUGAAUGCAUUACUGAGCAUUCUGGCCUCAGAAUCUGCAAAGGGGUUUUUUUUUUUGUUGUUGUUAUGUUCAUUUUUAUGAUAUGAUAGUGAUUGUAAUUUCAAUCAUCACUUUGGCUUAUUUCUGACAUAUUCAGAUUUAUAGAACCAUAGAUUUGGAGCCCAAAGGAGUCUUAGAGGUGGUAGGAUUAGAGGAACAUAAAUUCUGGGCUUGGAGUCUUAACUCUAACUCAUGAGAGAUUGGACAUUUAGAGAGAAGGAAACUCAUGAGAGAGGGAAACUUGGAGUCUGACUUUCAUCUAACAAAGAGAAUUGAUUCAAGACAGAAUCUAACUCAUUUUACAAAAGAGGAAAUCAAGACUUAGUGAGGUUAAGUGAAUUGCUCAAGGUCAACAGCUAAGAUAGGUCUGGGGUAGAAUUUGAAUCCAGAUCUUAAUGACUCCAAGUC